AUUCGUCAAGCAGUUUUGAAGAAAAGUUAGGUUAUGAUACUAUGUAGUUGUUUGUAAUUUUAAAUUUUAAAAAAUCGUGUUUUAAAAUAUGUCUUCAGAUACAGGAUCGGAUAACGAGUCGGAUCGAAGUAUUACUCCCAGUAGAGGACCAGCGCCUACUCCGGGACACGGUUUAGAUAGAUCGGCGUCAAAUUCUCCAGCCUUUAAUAAAUCUAGAGAAGUAAGUCAAUCACGAUCUAGAGGCUCUAGGUCUCGUUCAGGAACACCCCAUUCACGAAUUUCCGCAUCACCUAAAUCGCACAGAUCCGGAUCUGGCGAUUCCCAAAGAUCCGGAUCUCAAACUUCUAGGCGAUCUGGUUCGCACGUUUCGAAUAGGUCUGAAUCCCGCACAUCUCAUAAAUCGGGUUCCCCUGCUUCUCAUCGAUCAGGUUCUCAAGUAUCUCACAGAUCAGGUUCCCAGACAUCCCAUAGAUCAGGAUCCCGUGCAUCUAAUAGAUCAGGUUCGCACACUUCUCGUAGAUCAGGUUCUCCAUCUUCUCAUGUGUCUAGAAGAUCAGGAUCUCACGUAUCUAGGAGAUCUGGUUCCCAUAUUUCAAGAAAAUCACAUGCUUCUAAUAGAGCAGGAUCUGUUGGUUCAAAUAAAUCUGCCAAAUCUAAUAAGUCUGCAACAUCAAAUAGGUCAAGAUCAGGUUCUGCUGGAUCGAAUAAAUCAGCAUCACCUGCUUCGAGAAGAUCGGGAUCGGCUGCUUCUAAUAAAUCUGUAGGUUCGAGAAAAUCUAGAUCGAGGUCGGUUUCUGAAACAUCUAAAAGAUCAGCUUCGGCAGCUUCUAAGAGAUCUGCCUCAGCCGAAUCUCAUAAAUCUAGAUCGGAUUCAGCAGCUUCUAAAUCAUCUAGAUCAGCUUCCGGUGGAUCUAGAAGAUCUGGAUCAGAAUCUGCUGCAUCUAGAAGGAGUAGUAAAUCUAGAUCAAGAUCCAGGUCAAAGUCAAAAAAUCGAAGUAGAUCAAACAGCCCCAAUUUACAAAUUGAUGAUGAACGUAGCCAAGAAAAAAGACAAAGAGAUAGUUCUGAGGAACCGGUAACUACUAAAAAACGAAAAGCAGCUGUUUCAGAUAGUGAAGAUGAAGAUCGUACAGGAGGAGAGAAAGAAAAAGUUGAUGCUGCUGAUAUUUUUGGUGAUGCCGAUGAUAUUAGUAUCAGUAGUGAAGAUGAAAAAAAAGAAGAUGAUGUGAGAUCAGAUAGAGAAGAUGAUAUAAGAAGAUCUAGAUCAGAUGAUGAAAGACGUUCGAGAUCUGGAGACGAAGCAGAACAAAGACCAACUAUUGACGACGAAGAAGAUAAAGAAAACGAGCCCGAACCUAUUCCAGAGACUAGAAUUGACGUUGAAGUACCUAAAAUUACAUGCGAUUUAGGUAAAGACAUACAUUUUGUGAAGUUACCUAAUUUUUUAUCUGUCGAAACAAGACCUUUUGAUCCUGAAACAUACGAAGAUGAAAUUGACGAAGAAGAAACUUUAGAUGAAGAAGGUAGAGCAAGAUUAAAAUUAAAAGUGGAAAAUACAAUAAGGUGGAGAGAAUAUGUGGAUAACGAAGGGAAUAUUAAAAAAGAAUCGAAUGCUAGAGUAGUAAGAUGGUCAGACGGUUCCUAUAGUUUACAUUUAGGUUCCGAAAUAUUCGAUGUAUAUAAACAACCCUUACAGGGUGAUCAUAACCAUUUGUUUAUUCGUCAAGGUACGGGUUUGCAAGGACAAGCAGUAUUCAGGACCAAACUCAGUUUUAGACCACAUUCCACGGAAAGUUUCACUCAUAGAAAGAUGACUCUUUCAUUAGCAGACAGAUCUACUAAGACGACCGGUAUUAAAAUUAUGUCUCAAGUUGGGGUCGAUCCGGAUUUAGAUAAAGCUACUAGAUUGAAAAAAGAGGAAGAGAAACUUAGACAAUCAGCUACCAAACAAAAGGCGAUAAGAAAAAAAUCUGAUAAUGCUGCUAGAGCUCAUACGAAUAGUUUUACAAGAGAAGAAGACGGUAGUGAUGAUGAAGGAGCCAUUUCACUUGCGGCCAUUAAGAGUAAAUACAAAGGUGGAAGUGCUGCUGUAACCAAAGGAGGAGCGAUAUACUCAUCAGAUGAAGACGGUUCUGACUUUGAGAACAGCAGAACGAAAAAGAGAGGAAAAUCAGGGAGGGCACUUAAAGAUUCUGACGAUGAAAACGAAGGUAAUGGAGAUAAUAACGAAAGUGUUAGUGAAGACGAAUAGUUAUCAGUAAUAUUAAGAUUUCUAAUUAAUUUCGAUUUUUCUUUUUGAUUCCGUAAAGUUGUAAAUUAUGUCAAUAAAAGUAAUUUAUAAUUUUUAUGAAAAAA